AUGUCCGGAACGGGGGCGCUGAUGACUGUCCAUGUCGGACAAUGCGGAAAUCAAUUGGCACAGGCCUUUUGGAAGGCGAUGGUCGAUGAACACGGGAUCAAUGAGUGAGGGAAUGUGGAGAUGCUUUCAGUUUUGAUAGGAUGUUACAGACGAGGUCAAACAACUCACGAGGACGACAUGAACGACAGAAAGGAUCUUCUUUUCUACCAAGCCGACGACGAUCACUACGUUCCUCGAGCGGUCCUUGUCGAUUUGGAACCCCGAGUGAUUAACGGAAUGAUGCAGUCCCCUAACUUCUCGAACCUCUUCAACACAGACAAUAUAUUCAUGUCUGAUCACGGAGGCGGUGCCGGAAACAACUGGGCCAGUGGAUACUGUCAGGGAAAGUCAGGAUUUCCGUCAUCAGCAGAUUAGCUGAAAGAAUAAUUUCAGAGAAGUACAAGAGAAAAUAAUGGAUAUUAUUGUGCGAGAAGCGGAAAACACGGACAAUCUGGAUGGUAUUCUAUUCACGCACAGUGUCUCCGGAGGAACCGGAUCCGGCACAGGAUCACUGUUGCUCGAAAGACUGCGAGAAGCUUUUCCUAAAAAAGUAAUCCAGACGUACAGUGUUUUCGCGAACACCGAAGGAAACUCAUCCACUGACGUCGUCGUCCAUCCCUACAAUUGGGUUCUCUCUAUGCAGCGACUCAUCGAGAACCCAGGUUGAUUAUAAUUAUAAUUAUAGGCUGCAACGUCAAUCAUCUUCAGACCACGUCGUCGUACUCGAUAACGCUGCUCUUCAUCGUUUGGCGGCCGGAAAGUUUAAAACAGAUACGCCCACUUUCGACCACAUCAAUUCGCUCGUCGCCCGCAUCAUGAGCACCUCCACCGCAAUGUACCGCUUCAAUUCGGCCGUCUGCCCAUCCAUCCGUUAUCUCGACUUGGCUCCGUUCCCACCUAUGCACUUUGUUCAAGCCGGUACACUUGAAUUCUUACUCAUAAUCGAAAAUUUCAUAUUCAGCGAUCUCCCCGGUUGUGGACCCCAAUGAGAAUUUCACUCGGAAGACUUCCGUCGCCGAUGUUACCCGUUUCCUUCUCAAGCCGACGUCUAUGAUGGUUUCGACUGCUUCGCGAGUCCGUCCCAAUGACUGCAUGCUCUCCGCGUACAUGUUCUUGCAAGGACAGAUCGAGGCGCACACUAUUAUGUCAGCAGAACAGAAUGUCGACGUGAGAAUCUGACUCUUUGAUGUUCCGCUCAAUAUUGAUUUCAGUUCAACAUCAGACGACCUCCAUUUUACAUGCUGAAGCCACUGCGAAUGAUGCACGCCCCUCUGUCUCCGUACGUCAAGCCGCAGUACAAGGUUUCCGGACUUCUACUCAACAACAGCACGAGUGUGGCUCCGUUGUUCGAGUCAUUGUUGUCAAAAUACGAUAAAUUGCGAUCAAAGAAGGCAUUUUUGGACAAAUUUGAGAAAAUUGUGAGUGCAGUCCGUCUCGGUCGAUUUCAUUUCGUGGCUUCAGGAUGAUUUUUCGCUGGAAUGGAUGGACGAAGCGACGCACAGCGUGCAGGACCUUCUGGAGGAGUACAAAGCGGUCGUUCAGAAGGAUUACCUCACGAGAGGACUGUGA